AUGGUUAGUCUUAAUGAAAAAAAAUCUAAAAUUCGAUAUGUUGUACAAAACAAAACUGAAUGGGUUGAUGAUGGAAAUAAAUUUGGUAAGAAAAUGCUUGAAAAAAUGGGUUGGAAAAAAGGUGUUGGAUUAGGAAAAAAUGAAGAUGGAAGAACAGAACAUAUUGAUUUAAAAUAUAAAGCGAAUUUAAAAGGAGUUGGUUUUAUAAAUGGUCAAUAUGAUUCAACAUGGAUAACACAUUCACAAUCAUUUGAUUCACUUCUUAAACAACUUAAACAAUCUCAUCCAUCAUCUUCUUCACCGUCUCUUCAUGAUUUUAAUCAAACUGUUCAACAAACGAAAACAAGAUUUACUUAUAAAAAACAAUCAAGUGGAAAAGAUUUAAGUUCAAGAUCAAAUAAUGAACUUGAUUGUAUAUUUGGUUGGAAUAAAACAAAUAAAAUAAAUAUUGAUCAAACAAAACAAGACGAUUAUAAUAAUGAAGAAAAGAAUAUUGAAAUAAUAUCAGAUAAUCUUUAUAAAACAAGUAAACAAUCAAUUCAAGAUUAUUUUAAAGAUAAAUCAAAAAAAAAGGCUCAACAUCUAUCUGAACAAUCAAUAUAUACAAAUAAUCAUCAGAUUAAUUCAGUUGAUCAAUGUUCAUAUUCUGAAGAAAUUUUAGUAAAUGAUUCAAUUAAUCAAUUCAUUGAUCAACAAAUUCAAUCGAAAUCUGAAACAACUUCGGAAAAUAAAAGAAAACAUCAUAAAGAAUCAAUCAAUGAUAUUGAUCAAUCAGAUAAAACAAAUAAAAAGAAUAAAUCUAUCAUAUCAAAUAUUGAAGAUCUAUAUAGAGGUUCAAAUAUAUCAGAAUUAGAAGGAUAUCAAGGUUGGAAUAUUGAUUCAUCUUUAGAUAAUAUUAUUAAAAAAAAAGAUAAACAAAAAAAACGACACAAAUAA